AUUGUUAAUAAAGGUGCCUAUGUUGUUCUCUACAAGCCCCAUUGACUCCGGCUCAGAAUGGUCAAUAGGCCCAUUCAAACUGUUUGUAUGAUCUGCAAUCAUUUCCCCAUGCCUCUGCACUGGAAUCUUUGUGUUUUCCUGAAUGUCGUCAUUGGUAUUGGCAUUUCACAAUAAAUUGUUUAUCAACCACCUUCCAUAGCUGCUAAUUAAUGUCUUCCUUUGUUCUACAAAUGCCGUAUUUGUUUGUGCUGUGGCGGUGUGUGAGUCCUGCUAACACUCGCCUGUGAUCCCCCUGCAUUACUAAUGAUGUGUACAUUGCCCCUAGCGACACCCGAUGCCCUCUCCCGACACUGUGUAUCAGCACAUUACGCCAGUCCCUGGUGUUCGUGUAUCGUUCUUGCCCAGUUCCUGUUACGCAGGGUGCCAGAUGACGACGUACUGGGUCCGGCGCCGUAAGGAGGAGGCACAGCGACUGUUGAACAUCGUCCUGAGCGAACAUCCCAGCCGCUAUGACCCCCAUUACAAGUAUCGCAGGGAUGAGAUCUUCAAGAGGAUGAAACCCACAACGUUUGCUCAGUUGAUCCUACAGGUGGCGUCCAUCAGUAACAUGGAGGAGGAGGCAGAGGAGGAUGCCAGGGACGUCGAUGUCCAGUCCCAGCAGACCCAGUCCACAGAUCUGGAGUUAGCGAACAUCCGGGGAGACGCGGACACGUCGCGUGUCAGCCCCGUCCCGUCCCUCGCUCUCACAGAGGGAGACUACGGACAAGACGACAUACAGACAGCAAGGUCAACUUUGGAGAGUGUUAUCCGAGGGAUGGGUGAGGUGGACAUGACAGCCAUGGACAGGGCUACACACAACCCUCCUCCCAAGCCACAGGUGGCCAAGAUAGACCAACCCUACAAGAACAGUCCUUGUCUGGUGCUAGACAUACGAGAUGAGGAUUCCUUCAAACAGUGUCACAUCAUUGGAGCAUACAACUACCCAUCAGCUAUGCUGUCUCGAUCCAUGAACUCAUUCAGCAAGGAGCUACUAGAAUAUAAAAAUGCUGUAGGUAAAAUCAUCAUAAUCUAUGAUGAAGACGAGAGAUUAGCUCCACAUGCGGCCACCACACUGGUGGAGAGAGGGGUGGACAAUCUGUUCAUGCUGUCUGGAGGUAUGAAAGUCCUUUCCCAGAAGUUCCCGGAAGGUUUCGUCACGGGGAGCCUGCCCCCGUCCUGCCAGCCUGCCCAGCCUGAAGGCAAGACUCCCCGCACCAAGAACACCCCGCGGGCCGUCCCCACUGACAACACACCUGCCACUAGGAAGAUGAGGUUCACACCUGAUGAUAUUCAGAAAAUCCAGAACCAGUUAGAUGAAAGUCUCAUCCCCAGUGACACUGGAAGUCGGUUGAGUAGAAUGUCCACCAACACAUCCAGAAACUCCAAAGCCAGCAUGACGUCCCGGACUAACAACACCACAGUGGGCGGGAAACCAUGGAAGCCUACCUAAGGGACAGAUGUCAAUCAUGGGGAGGGUGUGGUAGGGUUUGGGAAGUUGAACUGUUGGUAGCACAUAUUUGGACUUCAUGUCAAAAGACUACAGCAAAUUAACUUUCAGAAUGCUGAGUUACAUGUGAGCCAGUACCAAUAUGAAUGAUGUUAACAGUAGCAUGUUAAAGGUUAAGCUAUAAUGAUGAGCCAUCAGAUAAACACAUAUCAUAAUUAAAUGUUUUGGCCAUGACACUUGUAUGAAAGGUGAAGAAGAAAGUCUUAUAGUAUAAUAAUUUUCUAACAAGUAAUGUUGAUGAUUACGCUAACGUUUCCAAGUUUUAGUUGUCACCCAGAUAUAAACAAGGGGAGAUAUGGAACACUGUCAGGCACAUGACUAACCAAACAGGAUAUAACUCUCAACUUGGACUUACUAAAUGACUUGUGCUAUUGCUGCUAUAUGAAUGGCCUACUAGUAUCUGGGGCAGGAUUGACAUUCCAGUCGGAAGCCUGAUUCAUGUAAAAUGUAGCCUGGAUGCCAGACUGUCUCCAGGGUCUACAUAAGCGAGUCCCUCAUCUCCAGAGCCAUGAUAUCCCUAAGGAAAUUUUACCACAGACACUUGAGUUAGACAUUAUUGCUCAGCUGAUCAGGGAGUAAUUCGAGUGUCUCUGGUUAGACUGUUUGUGAUGACAAAUUUCAUGUGCAUGCACGCCGGAUCAUGGCAAACACCUGAAUUAGACACUAUUGCUCAACAGAUCAGGGCCUAACUCAAGUGUCUGUGGUAAGAUUUUCCUCAGACAGCUCAUGUUGGAUCUGAGGAGCUGGCCUGUGUAGGCACUGGAAACAGUCUGUUAUAUAGGUUAUGUGAAACUUGUUUUGGUCUAAUGCAGUGUGUAUUAUAUAUGUACAGGCUUGAUGUGUGCUGUUGAUACAAUGUAUUGAUAUCAAUUACUAAUUAAUGAGUAAUUAUGGAUUCAAUUUAAUUAAGAGGGUGUCAUAGAGUAGAAAAUGUAAAAUUAAUGCACAUUUCAAGUGCCUGAAGCCUUGUCUGAAAGUCAUUACAUUGUGUGAUUGAACAGUAUUGUUUUUGUCUCAAAACUUCUUGCAUACAUCUUGUUUCUGUGUCUUCAGACUUACAGUUAGGAGUACUGAGGUCCUGUAUGUUUACCAUAUAUUUACUGGAAAUAAUGAUAAUGAACACUGACAUGUUCACAUGGGUUUUGCCAGACAUGGUGUGAGCAUUCAUUAAUUAUCAAUGUAUGAUUGUCCAAACAUUUGACCCUAUAUCUAUGCUAUUUCUUUUCAUUUUUGCUAUUAUUCCAAAAGAGUUGCAGUGAACAUCUUGGUUUUUAAGAGGAAAGUUAGCAGAAUAGUCUAGAAAUAUGAUUAAUUGCUGUUAACAUAUCAGAAAUUCAAGUAUUGAUGAGUUUGCUGUUCUUUUGUUAAUAUAGAGAUUUAAAGUUAUGUCUCUUUAAUAGCUACACUAAACUCUUUGUAUUAAGAAAAUUUAUCAAGUGUCUAAAAUCUUACCUUUGUUGCAUAUUCUGUAGCUAUGAAAGACUUUAUUACAAUGUAAUAUUGUAGAUACUUAGCUCAGAUGUACACCUUUAACUAUGUAUUCUAUUUAAGCUCUAUCGAUGGUAAUUUCAACUUCUACUUAGGAUUUUCCAAUACAUUUAUAUGUACAUUUAUAAUGCUAACUCCACACUCCUUACUACAUUCCUCUGUGUUGAUAAUGUUAGUUACUAUUUGCUACAAUACAGGAACAGAAUUUGCACCACCCUCCAUACUUGACUUUAGGUGGAGUAUUGCCUUUUUCUUUGCCAAUUCGUUUCUUGCAAUUGCUGGCAAACAAAACAAAAAGACAGAAAACAUAUAUUAUAAUACUACACAAGCCUCCUAUAGAGGUUAGCUUUGCACUUCAAUAAGGGUGUGCAACUUUGUAAAAACUGGAGUAAAUCGUUGUAAGUGCCAAAGCAUGUGUUGGCUGGAGAACAGACAUGUGAGGAGAUGUCUGAGACUGUGUGAAGUGGUGAUUAAUAAUAAAGAUGACACCAUUUUGUA